AUGGAAUCCAAAGACAAAGAUGUGGUUCCCUCGCUGGGCUCUCCCUGGGCCUCCGGGACAGGGCCCUGGGAUGCCAUCCUCAAGGCUGUCAAAGACCAACUCCCAUCUCUGGACUCGGACUCCUCCUUGUCAGACUGCGGGGAAGAGGAGCUGUUCAUCUUCCAGCGAAACCAAACUGUCCUGAUUCCAGACCUGUCGGAAGAGCUGGCUGAAGACCCUGCUGAUGGCGACAAGUCCAGGACCUGGGUCGUUGAGGCCGAAGGGUCCCCUCCUGAGCCAGUUCUGGUGCCCAUGGCAUUCACUGCAGAACCCAGGAGUGGAUGGAAUGCCAGGACAAAGGAUUCAGUCUCCUGGGAAGGCAGGGACCCUGGUGGGCCUUCGGAGAGCUGCGAUGAGAUCAACUCUCUUCUCAGGAUGGCCGAGGAGACCCCCGAGGGGCUGGAAGGCGACCUUGCCAGCAUGUCCUUCAAUACCAAAGUAUCCCAGAGUCCUCCCUGGGGCCUGCAGGGAGAAGCUUCCCCCUCCCCCCACGAAGGGGACCCGAACACAGAUCCCCCGAGCACUGCCUCACAAGACCCUGUGAACCGCAGAGCCCUGCGACGGGAGAGAAGGAAGAUGAUAGAGAAGGACAUACUCCGGAAAGUGACCUGGGAUGCCCGGGACCCAGCCUGCAGUGACCAAAGCCAGGAGGAGAUGUCCUGCCAGGCUGGAGAGUCAGCUCAUGGACCAGAACCACCUCCGGAGGUGCCUCGCGAAGGAUGGCCCGUGCUCUCGCUCAAGCAACUUGAAGAGUGGGAUUUGGAUUACACCCUUCAGAGUCUGGCGGGGCAAGAAGACAACCAGGGAAAUCAUGUACCUGGAGGCAUGUGGUGGGCCACCAAAGCCGACCACCACCAAAGCCGAGACCACACUGCACCGAGUGCCCAGGACAGGCUGAUGGAACGGCUGGCCCUCCUGUGUGCCACACAGUCCAGAGCCUCUGCCUCUGCCUGGAAGGUGGCUGACAGCACAGCCAGGGACACGGAGGAGGAGGCUGGAAGGAGAUGUGCCUCAACGAAGCCAGGCUGCCAGGCUGAGCUGGACUGGAAUGUGGCCAAGGGCAUGAGGCUGAAGAUGGAGCCUCCCACCAUCUUCAUCGAUCUGCGUCAGACAGAGCCACCAGACCACAAGUCCCCAGAAAGCUCCAGCCACAGUUCCUCUGACACUGAGGAGGAGGAAGAGGAGACAGCAGCUCUGGGAGACCAGCAGGGCCCAGUGGCACAGGCAUCUCCUUCCUCCCGGGGACUACGGGACUGUACUGGCAAGAGUCAGCUUCUCCAGCAGCUCAGGGAGUUUCGGAAGGGAAUGGCUCACCCCAAGCCUCCUGCCAGCAAGGGUCCUGGUGGCCAGGAGGCUCAGGUCCCUGAAGAUGUGGUCGGAUCAGGAGCUGGGAGGAAGCAGCAUGUCCAGCUGUGGGCUGAGGGGCAGAGCACCCAGGCCAGACUCCCAGGAAGGAAGUCCCAGGGUCCUGCACCAUCUUGGGCUGGAGACAGCCAGGGAAGUCCUGGUACCUCUUCUGGGCCGACUAUAGAUGCCUCAGCUGGCUGGUACAGCGAUGGAUCCCUGGACUAUGGUGUUACCAGCACCACACUCUCACCCACUGAGUGA